GUUUGGUUGCGUAACGUGACUUGCGCCUUAUUACUUGGAAUCGCGAAACAUCUAGCUUAGUUAAGCAAACGUGGUCGAAGCGAGUUGAUCGAACGAUAUUCACGCUUUUGUUCGAAUAUUUUUCGUACGUACAAUAUUUAUUUAAACAAGCUACACGACAAGCGAAACAAUGCCACGACGUGGACGUGCCGCUGCACCUCCUCCAAGAACCGUUAGGCCUGCCGCGGCUGCACCAGCUAGGCCUGCACCAUCCCAAGUGCCAGCUCAUGCUCCGCCAGCUUCACCUAUGAUGGCUCAGCCUCAGCAGCCAUCCCUUAUGGGCCAAAUGGCUGCUACUGCAGGUGGUGUAGCUAUCGGAUCUGCUGUGGGUCACACCAUCGGCCAUGCCAUGACAGGUCUCUUCAGUGGAGGAUCCAACGAGGCUGCUGCUCCAGCAGCUGCACCCGCACAGCAGAGCGUUCCAGCCUCUGCACCUGCUACUGGAGCUUGUGCAUGGGAGAUUAAGCAAUUCCUGGAAUGUGCUCAGAAUCAAUCCGAUUUGUCUCUUUGUGAGGGAUUCAAUGAGGCGAUCCGUCAAUGCAAACUCACAAAUAAUAUCGUUUAAAGCGAUGAAGUAGAAGAUAUGGAAGAUUUAGAAACAUCUAGACAAAAUUGAAGAGUAUGUUGUUCUCUAAGAUCCUAUUUGGUGUUUUAUAAAAAGUUGAGGUUUUUUGUUUUUACAGUAUAUAUGUAUUUAUAAUAUUUUUGUUAGUGUAAUAAUCAAAGUAAUCUUGUACGUUUUUAAAAUGCAGAAACACAAUGAAAAAAUGACUAUUUCUUUCAU